AUGACAAAAGUGGCUGCUGAGAGAAAAUUUCAAGCAUUUCGUCCCAUUAACUUGAAUGGAACUUCAUCCCCAUGGCCCGGUAUCAAACAUAUUGAAGCUCGAUUCGAUCCAAAGAUACAAGAAUAUGUCGUCCUCUGGAGUGAUGUUACCUCCCUUUAUAGGAAUGCAAAUCAUAUAGAAACAGAUGGAGUGGCUUUAUCCUUCCUCAUAGAUGAGAAUUUUGAAUAUAUUAAGCCGUUCCGAAUCCGCGCAAGGCUUGAUAUCGUCCUGAAUAUCGUCCUGGAUAUCGUCAUUCCGCCUCAAGCAGACUCCUCGGGAGAACUAGGUGCAGCGAUAACACAAGGAGGAGUAGACGAAUCAGCUAGAGAGGAAAGAGACACAGACAUGGAAGAUGUUUCCACUCAGUACGACCUAGGUGUGAUUUACAUGCGCGACGAAGACGCUCCACGCGAUUUGGCAAAAGCCUUUGAGUGCUUUCUCAAGGCAGCCAAGCAAGGAAAGGAUAGUGCACAGUAUAUUCUAGGUGACAUGUAUCUUACUGGUACUGGUGUCCCAAAAGACCGCGCAAAAGCCCAUUAUUGGCUUCUCAAGGCAGCCAAUCAAGGAUAUACUAGUGCACAGCGUGCUCUAGGUCACAUGUAUCUUUCCGGUACUGGUAACCCAGAAGACUGCGCAAAGGCCCUUGACUGGUGCCUCAAGGCUGUAAACCAAGGAAGUGCGAAUGCUCAGUUCGAUCUAGGCGAUAUAUACGAGAAAGGCUAUGGUGUCUCACAAGAUUACACAGAAGCCUUUGACUGGUAUUUCAAGGCCGCCAGCCAAGGACAUGCCGCUGCUCAGUACAACCUAGGCAAGAUGUACUAUGAUGGCAAUGGAACCCCACAAGACUAUGCAAAAGCCUUUGAGUGGUAUCUCAAGGCUGCCAAUCAGGAACAUGCCACUGCUCAGUACGAUCUAGGCAAGAUGUACUAUUAUGGCAAUGGAAUCCCACGAGGCUACGCAAAAGCCUUUGAGUGGUGUCUCAAGGCUGCCAAUCAGGGACAUGCCACUGCUCAGUACGAUCUAGGCAAGAUGUACUAUGAUGGUAAUGGAACCUCACCAGACGACGCAAAAGCCUUUGAGUGGUAUCUCAAGGCUGCCAAUCAGGGACAUGCCACUGCUCAGUACAACCUAGGCAAGAUGUACUAUGGCGAUGUAACCCCACAAGACUACGCAAAAGCCGUCGAGUGGUAUCUCAAGGCUGCCAACCAAGGAAAUAUGGAUGCUCAGUGCAGCCUAGGUUACAUGUACCUACAUUGUAAAGGCGUCACACAAGACUAUUCGAAAGCCUUUGAGUGGUAUCUCAAGGCUGCAAACCAAGGAAAAGCCGUUGCUCAAUAUAAUCUAGGUGCGAUGUACUAUGAUGGCAAUGGAACCUCACAAGACUACGCAAAAGCCCUUGAUUGGUAUCUCAAGGCUGCCAACCAAGGAGAAGCCGUUGCUCAAUACAAUCUAGGCGAGAUGUACUAUGCUGGCAAUGGCGUCCCACUAGACUAUUCAAAGGCCUUUGACUGGCAUCUCAAGGCUGCAAAGCAAUGA